GGAAGUCACAGGAAAUUACAGAUAAAAUGGUAGCAAUUAUUAAUUUCGGAGAAUAUGUUGACUUGGAAAAUUCCAAUUUACGCUUCAUCUGUGUUACUUUUACCGUUUAUCAUUCAUGAAUAGAAUAUAUCCAACAUGAUUAAUGUUUUCAAUUUAGCUCUUUUCUUAUUGGUGACUAUGUCACCGCCCACAAAAAGCCUUCACUUAGCUGGCACUUGGAAUAGCAACAAUUUUUUCUUAUUUCUUGCUAAGUUUGGAUUUCAAAAGACAGACCCAAAAGAAUUAGAAAACACCCAGGGCUAUAUAUAUGGCAAUAUUACAAAUUCAAGCAUAUCAUCUUCAACAAAGGAAUUGACUCUUGUUGUUGUAGAUAGUGAAUAUUUUCUAGAUUUUUAUGGAAACAGUUCUCUGGCUCCUUCACUUGCUUGUCCUGCCAUGUUUAAAAAAAUAGAUCAGAUAGCAUUUGAUUAUAUAUGCAAACCAAAAGGCGUAGAAGAUUUCCUUAGAAAAAUUCCAUGUCCAACAAAAAAAUUGUGUGUUGAUGAGGAUAAUCCAGCAAAUGUUGUUCCUGGUUACCAGUUUACAUACAAAGUUAGAGACGUCCAAAGACCAAGGUGAGUAACAUCGAAUAAACACCAGUGGACCACAUCUAUAAUAAAUCACCUGAGGUCGAUCCUGUUAAGUUCAAUGUAGCCCCCUUCCUGGCAUUGUCAUUUAAUUUUCACAGAUUUGAGACAACUUCAUAAUACAACAAACAACACGCCCCCCCACCCCCCUGCCCCAGAUGGGAGACUUUAUUAAUGCAAAUUUAUGUGAAUAGGGGCCAUCCAUAAGUAUAAGUGACAUCACGCAAAUUUAGCUGAUUUUUUACUCCUCCCCCCCCCCCCUCCAUUCCUUCCGUCACAAAAAGUCCCUCGCAAAUUUAGCUGAUUUUUUACUCCCCCCCCCCCCCCUCCAUUCCUUCCGUCACAAAAAGUCCCGUCCCCCCUUUUUUUUCUUCUCCAAAUAUAAUGCAUAAAUUAUAGGGAUACAAAAUUAAAGUUAUUAAACAAAUUAAGUAUUGAUAACCAUGUUUGUUGGAUACAACAACUACAAAAGAACACUUAAACUUAAAAGCUUAUUGUGUAAAUAAUAAAGAUUAUCCAAAGUUCAUAUGACAUCAUUUACCAAUUGGCAAAUUUAAACUGCAAAGCAAUAUUUUUGAUUUCCCUAUUCUUUAUGAAUUUUUAAUUUUGUUUUACUAAAUAUCUCAAGCUAAUUUUUUGUGUUUAGUUUUUAAGGUCAUUAUGUUUAAUAUCCUUUAAUUUACCAGUUUUCAAAUUUUCAGAUUUUGGUAUUUAAGCCUGGUUUCAUGCUACAGAGAUACAUCAGGACGGAAGUGUGAAUGGCACUCAAGCAAAGAUUCAGAAAUUACCAUAAAUUAUGACAUUUGGUUAGUCAAUGGAAACCCAUCAGUGAAGGGUCUAAACCCUUUUGAGCACCAGUUUUCAUUUGAACUGCACGACGUUUUUGAAAUUCACCUUAUCGCCUUUACAUCUUGUGUCAUCAUCUUUCUGCUUUGGAUUUAUGCUUUCACAAGCAACCAGCGCCAUAUUAUAACAUGUCUUUUUACUGCAUGCAUUUGUGGAGAGCUGCUCAGCAUAAUGAUGAAUUUGACUCAUGUCAGCAUUUUUGCCUUCAAUGGAAUAGGCGCAGAAUGGCUUGGAAAAAUAGGAACACUUCUUGAUUUGGCAACACAAUGCCUUGUCAUGCUCUUAUUAAUUCUCCUGGCUAAAGGAUUGGGAAUCACCACUGAUCAGUUUAAAUGGAGAUCUGUGAUAUUUACAUUGUGGGCUGCAUAUACUUUACUUAAUGUCUUUCUUUAUAUAUGGAAUCUGGUAAGUUUGAAAUUUUUAAUAUGGAUUUUUAUUAUGUUCUGUCAGUUAAUUUUUUAGCAAUAUCUAAUAAAAGUAUACUUUUAUAUGUUAAAAAUUUCUCUAAGAAAAAUUACACCAUGGUGCAUUAGAUGAACAUCUGAAACAUUAGCAAGAUGUAGAAGGUUAGAAUUUGUCCCCAUAUAUAUAUAAGCAAAUAGCUGGUUGAAAUGGACUAGUAGCCCAGCUAACUAUUUAAAGUGUGGAGGUAAAUCCUGAGUAAAAAGAAAACCUCGAACCCAGAAGUAGGACAUUAGCUUGAGACUAUGAAACAAACAAAAGACAAGAUAUUAUCAUAAUGGAUAAUUUAUUUCAGAAAAAUUAAUUUGCAAUUAUAAUAUGCAGUUUACCAUAAAUCAGAUUAAAAUGGAGAAUUUUGUCAAUUUUCCUUUUUAAAGAAAUCAAGCAACAGAGUUUUUGCUUAUCCCUGGAAAAUUAGACAAAAGUGAUUGUCAUCCCUGGGUCCCAGGAUGAAAUUAAUUGUAUAUAAAUUAUAAUAUAAACCCAUUGAAAGAAUGAGUUCUAACAAUCUCUUAAUUUUGACAGCCCUAACAAUUAAAAAAAAACUAUGUUAUGGUCUCUUAAAAGGUUGGUCACUUGCCUCUAGAAGUUGCUUCAUUUUCCCUGCAUAGCCUUAGUUAUAGAUAACUUGCUAAAAUAUUCUUUAAACCAAAAUUCAGGCUCUCGCUUGAUGAACCCCAGUUGUGAUCACAAAAUCACAAAUGGGUAAUGAGAUAAGAUACAAUUCUUUUAUUAAUUCAAAUAAAUGGAAAUUUGUUUUGAAUUUAUAAAUUUUCAGCGUAUGGAUAAACAUUCUAAUAUCAUUUUUUGAACUAGAACAAUUUAAACAUAAGAAAUUUUAAGUGCUUCUCAAGUGCAGAAAACUGCCAUCAAAUAUCAUCAAUUUUCACUUCCUUAAUGACAAUAUUGACUAGGUUUAUUAUUGGUUAUUUGAUUUCAUAACAGCCGUUUAAAAUGGAAAAUAACUUGUUUGCAGGCAAACAUUAGACUAAGUUUUAUUAUUACUAAUUUUAAACCGAUUUGAGCUGCACAAAAAUUAGAACAAUAUUGAGAAUGGGGAAACACAAUCUACAAGUAAAAAAAUAUCAUUUUAAUAUUCAUUUACAAAGAAAAUGGUUUGAUGAUAUUUUUAUGAAACCCCCUGUUUAUAAUUAUAAUGCUGCUUUCAUCGACAGGUUGAAAUUGACAAUAUUAUAUCAAACACAGAUGAGUGGCAAACUUGGCCAGGUUACGCAACAUUAGCAUUUAGAAUCAUUGUGAUGUUCUGGUUCUUAUAUGAGCUGCGGCAGACGUUUGGCCAGACCAAUCGCGAUGACAUGAGUUUUGUGAUGCAUUUUGGAGCUUUCUUUCUGGUGUGGUUCUCUUAUCUUCCAGCAUUAGCACUUGUCACUUUACAGGUGUCGCCACUGUGGAGAUAUAAGACUAUACUUAGUGAGUAUAAUUCAGCAUCUCAUUUCUCUCUUUAAGGUGCCUAAAUUUAUAUUUGUCUCUGACCAAAUGCCUUUUUAAUACUUAUUUUAAAAUGUCCAUUGACCUAAAAGAUGUUUGAAAGAAAAGUGUAAAUUUUUUCUAUUUGAAAGCAGUGCCACAAUAACUGUAAUAAUACCAAAGCUGUUUUUAAAUCUCUUAUUAUUGAAUUUUUUUUUUUUUCAGGUAUUAAUUAUGCAGUGGAAAUUCUUGCAUAUGCGGUCCUUGUUCAUUUGUUCUGGCCAGCUCGAUCCAUUUUGUUUCUUGUUGAAGGAGAAAGACCAUUACCUACUUAUGAUCUUGAGAUUACUGGUAAAAUUAAUGUAACGGCUAGUUUAUUUUCACAUUUUUUUUCGGCAUGGGAGAAGAUAAUGUAAAAGCAAAAUCUUGAAUAUAAAAAUAGCAUAAUGUUACAUAAACCCAACUGAAAAUCAAAUAUGUUAAGUUAUAUACAUCAUUUAUUAAAAUUGUAAUUUCAGUAAUAAGACAGCUUUUUAGAUAAGAAAAAUAUGGGGAUGGAAAUUUAAUUUUAAAAUAAAUAUAAUUGACCUAAAAAAAAGUAUAGGUAACAUCUUUAACACAUGAGUUGUAUGAAUAACUGCAAUAUUAAAAUAUAUUCAAUAAAAUGCACACAUAUAAUUUGCUGUCUGAGAGAGAAGUUAAAUAAAAGGAGGUUUAAUAAACAUUCAUUUUAAAAAAGUUACGUUUUAGAAUGUGCCCUUUCCAGAAUUUUUAGUUUUGUUUUGAAAGAAUAUAUUGAAAUAUCUAAAAUAUAAUUUAAAAAAAAUCUUUAUAAUUUUCAGGUUUGUUAGAUGAUAUGCAGGAAUCUACUGUUUUCGAUCAUGAAGGUGAUGAAAUAAAAGACAGCAUGUUGGGCAGGGACAAAGCAAGCGCUUCAGAUCAAGCCACAAAAAGAGGAGAUAUCCAAAUGAAAAGUAAGAAAAGUUUAUUUAAGUCCACCAAUGGUCGCUCAAGAGCCAGCAAUGGAGCAAUGCUAUCGAAUGGGAGUUUACAGUUUCAUCAAGACAACAAGGCAUAUGACAGAAAUGAAUUGGAUGAGAAAGAUUUGUGACACUUGAGCAUAAAUAAUCAACAAAUAUAAUGUGCUUGAAAAGAAAAGAUCUGUUGUUUACCAGAUUAAGAUAUAGUAUUCGGUUGAUAUUAUUUAUAUUUGUGACUUUUUAAUAGAAUAGGUUUAUCCUAUUUAUAGUCUGCUAUUCUUUGUUGUCCAUAUUUUGAUGUAGCUCUGAUUUUUAAAUAAAAAAGUAGAAGAUUCAUAAUUGAGUAUAUGUAUAUAUAAAUACAUAAGGGUUGCAGAGAUUAAGUGAUAUCAGCCUUUUUUUGUCAAAUUAAUUAGCUAAUCGGACUAUGGAAUAAAAUAAUACUAACCAGAUGUUAGAAGUUCUUAUAAAAUGUUUUAUUUUUAAAUUAGAUACCAUAUUUAGCAAUUUUGUAUCAAAUCAGAUGUUUGCAAGUAUCUAAGCUGCAAUCAUAUUUAUAAUCCUGUAGCCCACCCCAUUGAUGAUCAAGAAUCUUUUUCCAUUUUAACUGUUGUCACUCUCUCCUGUCUCUUCAAAUCAUUCCCAUUAUUCAGAGUUGCCAUAUAAGUUUCUUCUCCUUGUGUUCUUUAGCCUCCCUCUUGUCCUAUCUCACACUAUCUGUGUUCCACUUCAGUGACUGGCAGGCAAUGUUUGAAGGCAUACUCAGAGCUUUCACUUCUUCUUUUUUUUUUUUUUUCUGCUGAAGUCAUGUUUUAUGGAAGAGUGCUGUUCUUUUACUUAGUUUUUAAUCUAUUAGAUCCGCAACCUUUUUUUACUCACGUAACACCAAGGGCCCUCCCAAAACUCAACAAUAACCUUUUCUCUUCUUCUUUUUUUUUUUUUUCUGCUGAAGUCAUGUUUUAUGGAAGAGUGCUGUUCUUUGACUUAGUUUGUAAUCUAUUAGAUCCGCAACCUUUUUUUACUCACGUAACACCAAGGGCCCUCCCAAAACUCAACAAUAACCAUACAAGUACAAGUAAGAAAAAGUUUUAAAAUUUUAUAUUUGUGUCAAAAUUUUAUAAAGCAAUUUAUGUUCAUUAUCAUUUGUUUAAGCACAAACGCUUAACAUUUAUUAUCAGAACAAGAAUCCAAGACCUAGUUUACAUAUAAAAGUAGUUGAAAAUUUUAUAGUUGAAAUGACUUAUUGGAAAUUCUAGCAUAUAAUUCUUAGACUGAAACUGAAACACAGAAAACCUUCCAUUUAUACUUUGGUAAACUUGAAUUUCAGCAUCUCUUUAUUCCUAAACUCCAUAAUCUCCAAAAAAACAUAAAUGAAACUUGAUUUGUCAAUGUUGUAAAAAGUCUUGUAUGAUCACAGUGAAUUGCUCCGUAUUAUCUGUGUAAAAGUAUUGGUCAAACGUGUAGCAAUGUUAUCUAUCCAGCAUUGUUCAAUAUGCCCGGCUUUGGUCUUUCUUGGAGUAACUUUGUUUGAAAUAGAUUCAUUUUUCUGUUGGUCCUCGUUUAUUUUUCUGAACAUGCUAGGAAAUUCUUAUUCCAACUUUGCUUAUUUCAGAUAUUUCAUUCAGAUUUUUAAACACGAAAGCCGUCCAUAUAAGUUUGGCCGUCAAAUGAUCUUCGAGCAGCCGGUGUUCAGAUGUGUUUUGAUUAAAAUGAAAUUGACUAACCUUAUGUCUAACCUUUUGCAUCAGCCUUACAUAAGAGAGCCAACAUAUAUCGUGAAAUUAUAACUAUAUUUCAUUUUGAACCCCCUGUUUUUGCAGACAAUGUAAUCAAAAUUCCAGCAUAUAAUUAUUUUUGCAAAGUUACAUUAGUCUAUUUCAAUAACAUUGUCCUUUUAAGAGCCAAUCAUUAAUUGAGAGAUUCCUGAUAUACUGAUAUAAUAAACGUUUUACCAUUAACUAAUUAGUGAACAUUGUAAAUUGCUAGCAAAACUAUGUCAAAUGUAUUUUUGCAUCUGCUUAAGAUUGCUACUUAAAAUUGGCUUUUAAUUUAACAAAAUCUAUGGCCAAUCAGUUUAUUGGGGAUGAUAUAACUUGCUACAUUUGAAUAGAUAUAUUCAUACAUACAUAUUCUGGGAUACAUGACUGCAGUUGUUUGCUAGUUGUGGUAAAAAAAUUUAACAUGUUUUUAAAAAAAACAACAAAAAAAAACUUUUUUAAUCAUCAAGAAGUCCCUACUGUAAAAUUAGUGAUUUUCUACCUCUUUAACGCAUUUGGCCAUGGAAAAUCUAGCAUUAGCUAGUGGAGCACCUCAUUAGAUGUUAAAUUAGCUUCCUUAGCUUUAGAUGAUGAAGGUUUGCAGCUUAACCCCUAGGACCAAUUUAGAUAAGCUGAAAACUUUUGGAUGAUGAUAAAAUGCAUUUUUUUUAAAUACAGGCAGAUAUAUUUUAGAAAUUAUGUUUACACUUCGUGUUAAUAGUUUAAAAAAACAAAACAAUUAUGUUCUACUCAUGAACUCAGUAUGCACCAGUUCACAAGCUUUCUGGCCGAGUCACAGAUAUUACAUAUAACAUAAUCGAUAAAGGUCCACUUUAUUUUCAAUAUUACUAAAUAAUAUGUUUUUUUCUUCAGUUGAAGUGUUCUUUGGAUGCAGAGUAAAUUUCUAAUUUAAUAAAUGGUAUUGAGUAACCUAAAAAUGAACUUAUCUAGCUGCAUUGGCCAAAUACUAGAGAAACAGAAAGACUAUAACUACUGUUACUUUAAUACAUUAUAAUUAUAACUAUUUCAUCCUACUUCGAUUAAUUGUAAUAGUACUGGUUAUUCUAUUUUUAUCCUAAUUAAUUAUGAUAAAAUCAUAAGGUAUAAUAAUUUAGUCACAAGUUAUUACAUUAUGUAUUUUCAAAGCACAAUGCUUAAUUAAAUUAUAUAUAAUCUGUGGCCAUCCUAAUGAGGCCUAAUAAUUGGCCAAGUUCCUUAUUUUUACAAGGAUGUAUUUACAUUUAUUAAAUUAUAUAUAAUUAUUAUUAAAGUGGCUAUUAAAGUUAAUGACACACCACUCAAUAAAAAAAAAAUUAAACAGCACUUAUUUUUUAACUUGAAUGGUGGGUCAUGAAACUUGAAAAAUUUGUAAACGAAAAAAGGCUAAAACCCACUGAUCCAAUCAUAUACAUUGACCAUUAGCAAAUGUAUUAAUUUAUUAUAAAUAGUUAAUCAGAGUAGCAAAAUCAAUUUGAUGCUGUGCUUAAAAAACUAAACUUAUUUAAUAUGUGAGAUGAAGGGUUUUGAUAUUUCAGUUAUUGAAGAGUUUAUAAUGAAGAAAGUAACAUAAAGUUUCAUUUUGUUUAUUUCAGAAUAGUUUACCCUACAGGUAACCAAUUAUUUUCAAUAUUAAUAAUAAUAAUAAUAAUAAAGUUCAUUUCAAAAACACGCUUCAUCCCCAAAGGCUCGAAGCGCGGUACAAAG